AUGGCCGCUAUGAAAAUAUUAACAGGCACAGGGCUCUUCCUGGCGUUCUGUGCGCUGGGGCUGCUCGCCAUGGCGAUCUGCACCGAUUAUUGGUACGAGACCGACGCGAGGAGACAUCGGGAGAGGUGUAAAAACUAUGCCAACAAGCGAAACGACCCGGGGUACAUCUACAUUUCACCCCACAACCUCCCCCUCCAGAUGCCUCCAAAGAGCCUGGAGAGGAAAGGUAGCGGCCCAGAUGCUGGUGCUCUCAUCAGGGGGAAGCGGCACUUCCUGGCCGCAGCGUCUGCCAUGGAGUCUCACUGCAGUCGGCAGUUUAACUCCACCAUCUCCGGGCUCUGGAGGAAGUGUCACCGGGAAGGCUUCGACCUGGAGACCGAGGACCUUAUAUACAAAGGAAUUAUUCAAAGAUGCACCCCAGUCAAGUAUCACUACUCCUCGUCCAUCCUACCGCGAAAUUUACCCAUCAACAUCACAAAGACCAUACGACAGGAUGAGUGGCACGCACUCCAUCUAAGAAGAAUGACGGCUGGCUUCGUUGGCAUGGCUGUGUCCAUCAUUCUUUUUGGCUGGAUCAUUGGAGUGCUGGGAUGCUGCCAGCAGCAUGACCUCAUGCAAUAUGUAGCUGGGCUACUCUUUCUCAUGGGAGGAACAUGCUGCAUCAUCUCCUUGUGCACAUGUGUGGCGGGAAUCAACUUCGAGUUAUCCCGCUACCCCCGCUACAUGUACGGCCUCCCUGAGGACAUUAGCCAUGGCUAUGGCUGGUCCAUGUUUUGUGCCUGGGGGGGCCUCGGUCUCACAUUGCUGGCUGGCUUCCUCUGCACCUUGGCCCCCUCCCUGAGCACACCCGCUCGCACGACGACCCACAAGCCGAGGCAGGAGAAUGGAACCGUGUGA